UUCACGUGACAUAUUGAUCCUCUCUCUCUCUCUGUCACGCACUCUCGCAACCGGACAACUUCCCAAGUUUUGAUCUUUUCCCAGUGAGUUCGCCGAGGCUUUGUUCGCGAUGAUGGCCUUGGUCCUGGGUAAUUAUUGAAUAGGAGACGCUGUAAGACCAUGGCGAUUUGGCUGCUAGAUCGAGUAGAGGCCAAAGGUGUUUCGGAUCUUGAGGUUUGUCCAGAGUCUGUGACUCAGAUGGGUGUCCGAUGCUUAUUGCCAUUAGGUUGUGGCUCUUUUUAGAGCCUGAAGACCCCUUGAUCCAUUGGAUUUGAUUUGACGGUAUUGGGGGUUCUCUCCCUUCGGGCUGUUACUUGAGAUGCCUAAGUGGGGUUGAGUAGGAGAUGACUGAUGGGGAUGCUUACAUCUUUGAUGGGUCAGAGGGUUUGCGGUGAGUUCUUUUGGGAGUACAGAGACAUUAUUUUUCCUGAAAGUUCGGUAUAGUUCUUGGACUGUGGUAGUUGCAUAGUUCCUUUGAGGGGUUUCUCAAGUUGCUCGGUAUUCAACAGACUUAGCAGUCAACAAUUUCGGUGUAUUGGGGCAAUUAGACUCUCCUUUGGUUGCUUUCUAUUCAAAUUGUGUGCUCUGCGGAGAAUGCAUUCAAUUUGAUUCAUCCUCGAACUCUGAGUCAUAUUGGUGCAUUUCGUUUCGGUCGAGAGGGAAUUCCGGGUGGAAAUUCUUGACAAUCGCAAAGCCUCGUCUUUGUUUCCCAACCUUAGAGGAGCUGCUACCGAGCUUAUUCAGGAAUGGCUGGCAAUAAGAUCAUUGUUUGGUUUAGGAGGGACCUCAGAAUUGAGGAUAAUCCGGCAUUAUCUGCUGCUGCUAGAGAUGGUCGUGUGCUUCCUGUGUUCAUAUGGUGUCCGAAAGAAGAAGGGCAGUUCUACCCGGGCCGGGUUUCGCGGUGGUGGCUGAAGCAUUCUUUGUUGCAUCUGUCUCAGUCCCUCAAAUCUCUGGGAUCUCAACUUGUGCUGAUUAAAGCUGACAGCACACUUGCUGCGCUUUUGGCUUGCAUCGAAUCUGUUGGCGCCACAAGAGUGGUCUUUAAUCAUCUUUAUGACCCUGUUUCACUUGUUCGUGACCAUCAUAUCAAGGAGCAAUUAGUGGAAGUUGGUAUUUCCGUGCAAAGCUACAAUGCAGACUUGUUAUAUGAACCAUGGGAAGUGUACAAUGAGAAAGGGCUUGCUUUUACGAUGUUUGACGCAUACUGGAACAAGUGCAUGCACAUGCAAAUGGAACCCGUCUCUCACGCUCCUGUCUGGCGCUUAGAGCAGUUGCCAACUUCAGGGACAGUUGAAAAUUGUUCAAUUGAAGACCUGGGUCUCGAAGACGAAACAGAAAGAUCUAGCAACGCAUUAUUAGGAAGAGGAUGGUCCCCGGGUUGGGGCCAUGCCGAUAAGGCUUUGACCGAGUUUAUCGAACAUCAUCUGGUCACUUAUGCUGAAAAUAGGUUGAAGGUUGGGGGUAACUCGACAUCGCUCUUGUCUCCGUAUCUCCAUUUCGGAGAAGUCAGUGUAAGGAAAGUCUUCCAAUCCACCCGUCUGAAGCAAAUUCUGUGGGCGAAAGAAGGUAAUUCUAUUGGGGAAGAAAGCGCGAGUCUUUUUCUUAGGGCCAUUGGGCUUCGGGAGUAUUCGCGCUACCUUUGUUUCAACUUUCCGUUUACUCACGAGAAGUCUCUGCUGAGCAAUUUGAAAUAUUUCCCGUGGAUUCCCGAUCAGACGUCUUUUAAGGCUUGGAGACAGGGCCGCACCGGAUAUCCGCUAGUUGAUGCUGGAAUGAGAGAGCUCUGGGCUACCGGGUGGAUCCAUAACAGGAUAAGAGUGAUCGUCUCGAGCUUCGCUGUGAAGUUUCUGCUGCUUCCCUGGAAAUGGGGCAUGAAGUAUUUCUGGGACACACUUUUGGAUGCGGACUUGGAAAGUGAUAUCCUCGGUUGGCAGUAUAUUUCCGGGAGCUUACCAGAUGGGCAUGAGCUUGAACGUAUGGAUUAUCCUGAGGUUCAAGGAUACAAUUUCGAUCCAGAAGGAGAAUAUGUGAGACAGUGGCUGCCUGAGCUAACGAGAAUGCCCACCGAGUGGAUCCACCAUCCGUGGGACGCGCCCGCCAGUGUGCUUAAAGCUUCCGGGGUCGAAUUGGGACUCAACUACCCGAAACCCAUAAUUGACGUGGACGCUGCCCGAGCACGCUUAACAGAAGCCAUUUUCAAAAUGUGGGAACUAGAAGCAGCCGCCAGAGCGUUUAACUCAAACUACACCGAUGAAGUAGUUGGAGACAAUUCCGCUGGGGAUGAGAACUCGAACAUUCCGAAGGUUGUUUUAAAGGACAUGGCUCCUUCUUUUACUAUUUCUUCUAACGAUCAGAGGGUCCCCACAAGUCAGAAUUCAAAGGGCGGUCUUGUUUGCAAGAAGAGGCCAAAAGAGAUCGCGGUCAGUGAAAGUCGGCCGGUCCAUGAGAAAUUGCAGGACAAACCGGGGAGCUCAAGAAGGGGUGAGGAAGUGUGCUCCACAGCAGAAUCUUCGGCGGCUAAAAGACAGACAAUUAGCAGAGAUUCGUUCUCAGUACCCCAGUCUUGUUCCUCGUCGAGCAGCUUGACUUCGAAAGAGCAGGAGAUUCGACAUUUUAACUCGAAGCAGAAGUUCCAAGAAGAAGUAGACAUCAAACAUGGCACGCGAGAAGACGGGAUCUAAGAUGGAGUUCUUGUACAGAGGUUUCGGAACAAUCUCGACUCAAGAGGAUUUAGGAAACAUGUGGAAUUGCUUCCUCUAACAGUCAGCGAUUCCAUCUCUGCUGUUGGUUCCUGUCUUCGGACAAUGUCUUGCUUUGUCAUGAGACUCUGGUCUCGUGACGCAGUAAGUAGAAUCGUGACAGACGUGUGUGGAUCGGAUCUUCAUCAUCGUUUCCGGGUCAUGCUAGUAAACGUAGCAAGUAUUCGACGUUGUUCGCUUGAGCUUGAGAAUCUCUCUUUAAGACCACACGAACAGUUCUUAAAAAAAUGGUCUGCAAGUCACGGAGUAGGGUUUUGUAUUUGAAGGUGAAAGUUCUCAAAACCAUGUACAACUGAUGCAGGUAGAAGCCCAACAUAGAAGCAUCCUCAUA